AGAAGAAAACAAAAUGUCAAUUAGCGUUAAAAACGACGACGUUCAGAUUAAUCGGGAAGGAACAAUGGUAUCUGUUUCGACGAUUCAACAAUCAAACGAGACCACCAAUAAAGUUAACAAAGAAGACGAUACGAAACGACAAUUAGUAUGCCUGAACAAUCGGAAGUCCAUCAUACAAUCACGAAUCGCUGACAAAAUACCGAACAUGAAGGAGCAAAUGGAAACGAAUCUAAAAUUAUUAAAAUUCGUAGCCGAUUCCAAGUUGACAUUAACCCAAGUUAAUGGUCAAAGGAAACUCGGCCCACCUCCAGGAUGGACAGGACCUCCUCCUGGACCGAAAUGCGAGAUUUUCGUCGGCAGUAUACCACGAGAUUAUUACGAACCCGAAAUUGUUCGUAUAUUCAGUACUGUAGGAACGAUUUAUGAGUUACGCUUGAUGAUGGAAUUUUCUGGUACAAAUAGGGGUUACUGUUUUAUCAUGUACACCACCGAAGAGGAGGCAGCUCGUGCUGUUAAAGAAUUAGAUCAGCAUGAAAUUUAUCCUGGAAAAAAGAUCGGUGUCGUUGCGAGCACUAAUAAUUGUCGGCUAUACAUUAAUCAGCUGCCUCGAAUCAUCGACUCUAAAUCCAUCAUCAAGAGAAUUUACGAAGUGACAGAUGAUGUAGAUAAAGUAGCCGUUUAUAGGAAUUUGAACGGUUUUGUUUGUUACGUUUUGGUAUCGUACAAAACCCAUCGAGGGGCCGCCAUGGCGAGAAGAAGAUUAGUUCCUGAAUCGGCGACGCUUUUCAAAAAUUGUGAAGUUAAUAUAGAAUGGGCUAAUGCGAAUAUGACACCUUAUAACGUGUUCGAAGAAUGUGGAACGUGUGACGAGGAAGGCAACAUACAAAUAACGAAAACCUUCAUUGAACCAGCUAAAACGAAAAAAGUUGUUGCCCGAACGAAACAGAAGGCCAUCGACAAACGAUCGAACAUAAUAAACAAUCAACGAUCGCAGAAAUUAAUCGGUUCAUCGAUUCAAAAAGGUCGGCCGAUAAAAGCUGCAAUCUCGAGCCCGGUAAAAAAUCUCGGCAACCCGAUAAAUCAAUGCAAGGUCGAAAAAUGCCAAUCGAAAAGCAUACUUUGCUCCAAUUGUUCAUUGAUAGAAUUCGCGAGGAGCAAGGACAAAACGAAAGAAAAUUUUAAUCAAACUUGCGAUAUCAAUGGAAAUUUAAGAGACAGUUUAGACCAAUCUUUUUUACACGAACACUUUAAGAAGAAUUGCGUACAACACGAUCAAUCGAACGCCAUUCUUCCCGCGAUCAGCACGUAUUUGACGUAUUUGAACAAAGGUAAACGCUUGAAGAACUUCAAAUGGAACGACGUGCAAAGAUAUUCUAACGAGGCUUUGCACAGUAUCGAGAAUUUUGCUAAAAAUCUAACAAAUGCCCCUUGCGAUCUGGUCAACAAGUGUAAGUUAGAAUGCUCUUGCCAGUGUCGAUUUCACGCGAACAACAGUUUCAAUGUAUCAAAAUUACCUACGAAUAAAUUACAAUCUGUUUGGAAUCCGACAGACGGUCUUGUGACAAAUUUCUCCGAAACUUUGAAGAUCGCAAGCGAAAAUGACAAUAAAAAUUGCGUUAGCUACGAUCAAAGAAAUAUUUAUAAGAACGAGCACGUAAACCCAGCGGAGAAUAAUGUUCACCACAUGUCCAAUAAUUUUUCCAAUUCGCAGCCUUUCAACGAAUCUAAUCAUCAUCGGUUCUCAAACUGUUAUCAGUAUACUAAUUAUUAUCAGAAUUUUGGGAUCAAUAAUUUGGGAGAGCAAAACAACGGUACUUUCGUCCAAUAUCCUAAUCAAAACACGGGAUACAAUUUGCAAAGUGGGCGAGAAUUCUCGUUGCGCCAGGAAUCGAAUUUGGGCCACUUUUCGCAACAAUUUCCAUCGACAGACGUGAACCAGAUGACGAUCAAUCAGAAUUUCAAUUGGUUUUCGCCCGAGUUAUUGCCGAUGGAGAUUUAUCGCCGCGAACCCGGAAAUAUUCCGGACAUAUCCAAUAGAAUUUUGAAUGAUUGUAAAUAUAUGAACAAUCAUCACGCGAUUAAGAGUUCACAGCAACAGAGUAACGAGUCGUUUUUUAGCCCCGUUUCGAAGUUCGAAGGAAGAUUCUCGUUUGAAAAUCCGAUCAAUACGAUUAAUUCCUCGUUGUAUCCAAAGAAUGCGAUAUACGCGGAGAGUAAACCGCAAUUUGGAGAAAAUUUUCGAAGACUUUAAGUGAUUUAUUAUUAUGGGAUUUAAUUAUGAUUAUCGUCGAUUAUAGAAAAUAGGUAGCGAGUUUAGUUUAUUUCGAUUAGAGAAAUUGUAUUUUAAUCUUAUGGAUUGGUUCCAUGGUUGAUGGCUAUUACGCAACGCGCAACAAGAUAGAUAAGAUGAAUUGAUGGAAACAAUAUUUUGUGGAAGUAACUCGAGUUUGUUGGUUUUUAUUUAUAUCUCGAUAGAUAGAGAUUUAAGGAAGAGAGAGAAAGAAAGAAUAAGCGGUAGGCAAAAUUUAAGAUAAACGAAUUGAUCAACAAUUUUUUUAAUAUUCAGAAUGUAUCGUGGAUGGAACAUCACACGUGCUCCAUAUUAGAACGAUUUUGCUAUUAAUCAGUAUUUGGAAAAAAGUGUCGACAAUUUGUCUUUUUUUUUUUUUUUUUUUUUCUUCUUUUACAAUCAGUGUUCUGAAUCUUGUGAUUGUUUUGUUUGUUAAGUAUAUUAUAUAUAUAUACCUAUGCUUAUUGAUUUUUGAGCUCGUAUCUUAAAUUUAUAUGAAAUUAAGUAUAUAUAAAAAAAAUUUCGAAUUUUAUAUAAGCUGAAGUUCCUGAUGAUUAAUUAUUACAAUUUAAGAUUUAUUUCUUGUGCCAAUGACGUGAAACGAACUCGUUUUAUACCAAAGAUUAAUAAUCCAUGGUUAUUAAUGGUGGUAGCUACUUAGGGCAAUCGUUAUGUCUUAUUAUUGUAAUCAUAAGAAUGCAAAUCGAUCUUUAUAUAUCAUUUUAUUUUCUAAUCGUACUUGUAGUGAUGCUUGUAAUUUUUUUUUUUUUCGAAGCUGUGAAAAAAUUGUUAAAACAACUUUCUAGCUCCGAUUCUUUGUAUUUCUACAGAGAUUAAUAUACGCGAUAUCCGCGCAUAUUAUCCGCGCGGGAAUUAAUUUAUCACUUAUUGUAUUUUAUUUUUCUGAUCAAAAUGAUUUGUAUCGUCGUUGCGAAGAAUAUUGUACACGAGAUGAUGUUCUAUGAAAAAAAAAAAAAAAAAAAAA